CGGCCGUCGCUUUAGCUUCUUUUUUCCCAUAACCCCGCGCGCCUGCGGCCUCUUCCUUUCUUUUCCUUCCGGGCGCCGCGGACGCCGCCAUGGGAGUCGACAUUCGCCACAACAAGGACCGAAAGGUUCGGCGCAAGGAGCCCAAGAGUCAAGAUAUUUACCUUCGUCUCCUGGUCAAGCUCUACAGGUUUCUUGCUCGACGGACCAAUGCAAAGUUCAACAAGGUGAUACUCAAACGUCUCUUCAUGAGCCGCACCAACCGGCCGCCACUGGCCGUGUCCCGCUUGAUCCGUAAGAUGAAGCUCCCAGGCCGGGACAACAAAACCGCCGUGGUGGUGGGUACGGUGACAGAUGACGUUCGCAUACAGGAGAUCCCCAAAAUGAAGAUUUGUGCUCUCAGAGUAACCAAGGGAGCUCGGACACGUAUCCUGAAAGCUGGUGGACAAAUCAUGACUUUCGACCAGUUAGCCAUGGCUGCUCCAAAGGGCCAAGGAACUGUGCUGCUGUCUGGACCCAGAAAAGCCCGUCAAGUCUAUCGGCAUUUCGGCAAGGCCCCUGGCACCCCGCACAGCCAUACCAAGCCAUACAUCCAGUCCAAGGGCCGCAAGUUUGAACGGGCCCGAGGUCGCCGUGCCAGCCGAGGCUACAAAAACUAGCCCUGUUUUCCCAAAGGAGUUUGACGGUGCAGAUUGUGUGACAUUAAACC